CGCGAUGUAAGUCAAAUAUUCUUCUCGCUUGUUUAUAUCCAGUUCAGGUUUGAUUGGCCGUAAAAAGGCUUUCAAGGUCUACUCCAAGGCGGCUCCCCAGGCCACCCUUGUGGAUAUCGAGAAGAAAAUGCGUGAAGAGGAUUUCAACAUUUACCUCAUCGCUAUGGUUAGUUAUAAAUCAUAACAUAUUGCUCUCCAGAAGAAUAGUACUGAUUGUGUGGCAUAGGAGAAACCAAUCGGCGACAUUAUGUGCCUGAUUAGCCUUCAGGGUAAGCUGAACUGCAAGUAUGUGGUCGGCUUCUACUACAGCCCCAAGCCACAGCGAGCGGCACUCCGUGAGCGUUGGCCCGCCUCUACCGAAGACAACCUGGCCCGUCUCGAGGACGCUGGUCUCCCUUACGAUCGUCAGAUCCCGAAAUGUAUCAACUGUGGUGGUAAGCAAAUAAGUGUACCCAAAUCAAGAAGAUUGAUGGCGAAAAAUGCUGACACAGACAAAUCAGAAAUGGGUCACAUUUCGCGCAGCUGCAAGGAAGAGCGUACUGAACGCGAGCGAGUCGAGGUGAAGUGUGUCAACUGUAACGCCGUCGGCCACCGGGCCCGUGACUGCCCCGAGCCGCGUCGCGAUAAGUUCGCUUGCCGUAACUGCGGGUCUCCCGAGCACAAGGCCUCCGACUGCCCCAACCCUCGUACGGCCGAAGGAGUCGAAUGCCGACGCUGUAAUGAGACUGGACAUUUUGCAAAGGAUUGUCCUCAGGCCAGUGCGCCCCGGACCUGCCGCAACUGUGGAUCGGAGGACCACAUGGCUCGAGACUGUGAUAAGCCGCGCGACGUUUCCACUGUGACGUGCCGCAACUGCGAUGAGGUCGGUCACUUCAGCACUGACUGCCCGAAACCACGCGAUUACUCCAGGGUCAGGUGCAACAACUGUGGUGAGAUGGGCCACACGAUGCGCCGGUGCCCCGCCGAGAACUCGGGGGAGCCUGACUUGAUGGGCGGCACGGACGACUACAAUAACAGGGGCAAUGACGUUGGCGCUGGUGCUGGCGGCGGAUGGGGUGCUUCCGAAGAAGCGGCCGGCUGGUGAAAACCACGACUCGUUUCUUCUCCCCGAAAUGGAUGUCGGGACGUGGAACGGUUUCAGCCGUGUGCGGGGGAAGAGAGAGUGCGUCAAGACAGCCACAAGCCGUACGGAGGACUUCCGUUGGUUGGCUCGCUCUUCCCUGCGGAAUACGGAAUGAUUCCAAGUAUAUCUAGCUUAGUACUACUACGACUCUGGCACUUUUUUUCUCCCUUCGCUUUUCGUUA